UCCUCAGGCUGAGGUCUCCUGACUCUGGAAACAGCUCUAGCUUUGUCUUUUCCACCAUGAGCCUCAGACCCAGUGCCACCUCCUUUGGUACCAGUGCUGGUCCAGUUCGUGUCCUGCAGGUGUUGCUGCUGCUGUCACUGCUCCUGACUCUGCUGGUUCCCUCUACCAUUGGACAAUCCAAAAGUACAGAACAGUAUGUUGAACUGCGCUGCCUGUGUGUGAAGACAAUCUCUGGAAUUCAUCCAAGUAACAUCCAAAAUUUGGAAGUGAUCAGACCAGGAGCCCACUGUGCCAAAGUCCAAGUGAUAGCUACUUUGAAGGAUGGGAGGAAAAUCUGCCUGGACCCACAAGCUCCCAGAGUCAAGAAAAUGAUCCAGAAACUGUUGGAAGGUGACGAAUCAGCUGCUUAAUCUGUUUACUUUCUGCCAACCCUUCUUUAUCUCCCAGGAAGGGUAGGAUUUUGAAGCCUUGACUUUCUAGAGUUGUUAUUUAUUCAGGAUACUCGUUUUUAUUACAUGAAAAUUCAGAUACAUUUUCUAUUCUGUCUGUCAAACCCUACUUUAUGCUGAGAAGUCUGCUUAAAAGAUGACAGAAAGAAGAUGAAGAUGAAAAUAAGCGAGGCUAACAAAUAAUUUAAGCUUUACUCCCCAGUUUCUGGUUAAACAUUGUACUUGCUUUGCAUUUCUUUAUUUGAAAAUUUCUUUCCAAACACAUUUGUGUAAUUUUCUUUCUCUACUUUAUUGUUAGGUUAGACAUGUCUAUGAUGAUCAACAGAUUUUACAAUAGCCAAUUAUACUAGGGAUCGUGCAGAGCCAAACAUGGAAUACUUGCUCAAUAAAUGCUUUUUAAGUAUAUUUAGGUA